AGAGCAGAAAAGGCUAAUGAAGUUCCCGAUUGGUGGGAACCCCAAGGAAACGGUGAAGUCAGUGAUUACGCACCAAUAGACCGAGAAAAGUCGUCCACCCAGAGUCGAUUUAUCCAGAAUUCAACUACUCGUCACUCGCUUGCUGGAAUAAGCUGGAAUGGGUGCUGCAAAUGGGGAAUGCCUUGGAUGGGCUGCGAGAGAUCCGUCUGGACUUCUCUCACCUUACAAAUUCACCCGCAGGUCUGUUGGCAGUGAUGAUGUUUCAAUAAGCAUAUUGUAUUGUGGAGUUUGUUUUGCUGAUGUUGUUUGGACCAGGAACAGAUUGGGGCAUUCUAAUUAUCCGUUGGUGCCGGGACACGAGAUUGUUGGGAUUGUAACAGAGGUUGGAUCCAAUGUCCAGCGAUUCAAAGUCGGUGACCAUGUUGGAGUUGGAACUUAUGUUAAUUCUUGCAGAGAGUGUGAGUAUUGCGAUAGUGAAUUAGAAGUUUAUUGCUCGAAGGGAGCGAUCUUCACGUUUGAUGCUGUAGAUGUUGAUGGUACCAUUACUAAGGGAGGAUAUUCUAGCUACAUUGUAGUUCAUCAAAGAUACUGCUUCAGGAUACCUGAAAAAUACCCUCUACAGUUAGCAGCACCUUUACUCUGUGCUGGAAUUACUGUUUACGCUCCAAUGAUGCAGCAUAACAUGAAUCAACCUGGAAAAUCUUUAGGGGUGAUAGGGCUAGGCGGGCUCGGCCACUUAGCAGUGAAGUUCGGCAAAGCCUUUGGACUGAAGGUAACAGUUCUAAGCACAAGCAUAUCCAAGAGGGAAGAGGCAUUAAAUGUUCUCGGGGCAGACAAUUUUUGCAUCUCUUCUGAUGAAAAGCAGAUGAGGGCUUUGCAGAAAUCAUUUGAUUUCAUCAUAAACACAGCAUCGGGAGAUAUCUCAUUUGAUUUAUAUUUGUCGCUAUUGAAGACUGCUGGCGUGUUUGUUUUGGUUGGAUUUCCUAGCGAAGUGAAAUUUAAUCCAGGAAGCCUUGCCCUAGGUGGAAAAGCAAUCACCGGAAGUAUAACCGGUGGAACGAAGCAAACACAAGAAAUGUUGGAUUUUUGUGCUUCCCACAAGAUUUACCCUGAAAUCGAAUUGAUUCCGAUUCAGUAUUCAAAUGAGGCCCUAGAGAGGCUGAUAAAGAAGGAUGUGAAGUAUCGGUUUGUGAUUGAUAUUGCUAACUCUCUCAAGUGACAUAAGGAGUGUUGCAGUUGGCCUUUUCCUUUGGCAAGGAUUAUGCAUUAAAGCCCAUGGUGAUGAAACAGAAACCAAUAUUCUUAGCUAUUACAAAUCAUUGCCUCUGUUUGCUUAAAUAAUUUGCUGCAUCUUUGUUUCUACAAAUAAUCUUAGCUAAGUUUAAGGAGUGAAGAUACUGAACAUUCCAUUCACACAGCUCCAUACCAAAACUUGUGUUUCAUCACCUUAUGUUAAUAGGGCACCCAAAAUUUCUUCUCUUUGUUACAACUUUGAAUUCAUACAGCUUACUGUUUCUGCAUUAUUGCAUUUUUAAUUUGGCCUUCAAUUUAUGUCAGUUUCUGGUGCUCA